AUGAAGGGACAGCUCCACACAAAGCUGGCCCAUGAAAGAGCGUUGGCCAAGGUCUCUGCUCCGCUUCAAGUUGUCGAGGACUUGGUGGUGUGUCGUGGUGUAUGCUUUGACGACGAUGGCAUUGGUGUGCUAGUGCAUUACAAGGAGCACUGCAAAACAUGGAUGAGUUGGCGUUGCCAAAACCCAGAGCUGAGAAAACAUAGCAUUCACUUUUCAGAUGACGCUGCUAGCUUCACUGUCACACAUGGAGACUGCGAAGCCAAAUGCACGCGCGUUGCAGGCCGGCGUGACAUGUGCUCGAAAUGCUUGUCUCUUCUUCCAAUCCUCAGGCUGUCCAUCGUGAAGACUGCGUUGAAGGACUUUGGUGCUCGCUUGCUCUUUGCCCAAAUGUACCAAAGCGAAGAAGAGCAGCAGAAGCUCGUCUAUCACAUGAAGGAGGGUGUUCUGUGUGAGUGCCACUCCGUUCGCUUUGAGAAGCUGCUCAAAAUGCAGGCUCAUCAGCUUCAAGCCUGGGUCCGCUCCAGCUUCCUGAGCAUCCGGCAUGCGCAGUUCGACAGGUUCUUGGCGAACCCAGACUUUACCGAGCUCCAGAAAGUGAACCUGUCCAUAGCGCAAGCGUUGCUGUCAGGACGCAUGGACGGGAAUCUGUUGCUCACAGGCCUUGCUUUGACUGCCCUUCGGCGUAUGGAGAAUGAAGAAGCCGGAAUCACAGGAGCAGAACAGACUCGUUCUCGCAUCCGCGCAUCUUCUUGCAUGGCCUCGCAGACAGCCAGGGAUCUUGCUCGCGAGGCGGGCAAAAUGCUCAGCUUGGCGGGAGGAAACAAGAAGCUACUCAGCAUGUUCGGCGCUGAUACCAAACCUUUCAGAUCUACGAACUACUAUGCUGAGCUGGAGUCAGCGUCGUUGCCAGUACCAUUCCUUUCCAUUGCCAAGCCCGAGGAUCUCCAGCAAAACAUGAGGCUCAUAGACGAGC